AUGGGUCGCGUUAUCAGAAACCAGCGUAAGGGUCACGGUUCUAUUUUCACCGCUCACACUCGUUUGCGCAAGGGUGCCGCUAAGCUCCGCACUUUGGACUACGCCGAGCGCCACGGUUACACCCGUGGUCUCGUGAAGCAGAUCAUCCACGACCCCGGUCGGGGUGCUCCCUUGGCCAAGGUCGCUUUCCGCGAUCCCUACCGCUACAAGUACCGGGUCGAGACCUUCAUUGCCAAUGAGGGUGUCUACACCGGCCAGUUCGUCUACGCCGGUAAGAAGGCCGCUUUGGCCGUCGGCAACAUCUUGCCUCUCGGCUCCGUCCCUGAGGGUACUAUCAUGUCCAACGUCGAGGAGAAGGUCGGUGACCGUGGUGCUCUUGGUCGUACCUCCGGUAACUACGUUAUUGUCAUUGGCCACAACGCCGAUGAGAACAAGACCCGUGUCAAGCUCCCUUCUGGUGCCAAGAAGAUCCUGUCUUCUGACGCCCGUGGUGUUGUCGGUGUCGUCGCCGGUGGUGGCCGUACUGACAAGCCUUUGCUCAAGGCCGGUAACGCUUUCCACAAGUACCGCGUCAAGCGCAACUCUUGGCCCAAGACUCGUGGUGUUGCCAUGAACCCCGUCGACCAUCCCCAUGGUGGUGGUAACCACCAGCACAUUGGUAAGGCCUCCACUAUCUCCCGUGGCGCCGUCCCCGGUCAGAAGGUUGGUCUUAUUGCUGCCCGCCGCACUGGUCUGCUCCGCGGUUCUCAGAAGAUCCAGGAGUAA